AUGGCAGCGGCGCCGGGGUUCACUCGUCACUCGUUCUUCGCGGAGACAGAUGUUAAGGCCGCCACAACUACCAACGUCACCGCUGCGCCAAGGCCAACAAGCCCGCUCAUGUCUCCGAGACAUUCUAGGCGCUGCGGCCAACACAACCAGACAACACGAACCGCCGCGGUUUCCCCCGCCGGUACCGUUGCACGUCUCUUUCGGAAGAACCGUCGUAUCUUGGCGGUCAUAUCCGUCGCCGUCGCCGCGUUGCUUCUGAUCCUGGCGUUGACCGCCUACGCGGGGCUCUGGCCUUGGCGAGAUCUAUUCCCAUACAAAGGCGUACUUUUUCACCCCGCGAAAGACUGCCUGAUGGUCAAUACCAGGGCUGAAGUAGCUUGCGGCAGCCCUUGGUCAGCUCCGUGCUUUGACCUCAGCCGUUGCCGUGGCGGCGGCGGCGGCUCGCUGUCCGUCUACGUGCACGACGAGACGUGCUCCAUGAGGAAGACCUCGGAGAUCAUGGCCAGCUACGGGGAUGUGGCCGUCUCGCCACCGUGGGACGCGGCGGCGGAGACCCAACUGUGGAACGCGGCGGCGAAGACCCUUCGUCUUGCAGCGGCCGAGAGGGGCCUGCUCGUGGACACCCCCGAUGAAGCGUGCAUCGUCUUCUACGCGGUACCUAGAGACAAAGCGGAGUGCGUGUCGAAGACGCCGACCUGGGGAGGGGGACAAAACCACGCCUUGUUGGAUUUGAACGACGAGAGCCGUGCGGCGCGACGCUCCCUCGACGGGAAGGCGAUGUUCCUGCAGUCCAACAUGCGGCCUUGCUACUACCGCCAUGGAUACGACAUCGCGAUGCCCCUCCCGGCACGUAGGCCCGUCGAACGUCUCAGGGAGGGCAAGCUGUACCUGAGUGGGAACGGCUUUUUAGAGCGGAGCGCGGUGCUUGACCUCAUGAGCGGGGGGGCUUCAGCCGCCGUAGCCCGGGCCGAAGGGCGCGGCGAGAUGGAGGGCGCGAACGGCGACAGUCAUUCGUCUUCCUCUCCCGACGUGUUGGUGGUCGAGCGGUGCUGCAACUUCCACAGCGAGCAGUUGCUGUCCUGGAACAAGGCCAUGUGCGAGGCCUCCCAGCGGGAGUACUACAGCAGCCCCAGUUUCGGGGAACUCAUGAACACCACCUUCGCGCUGCUGCCGGCCGGCCGGUCUCCGGCGACCUACCGCCUCGCCGAGGCGUUAUCGGCGGGAGCCCUUCCCGUCUUCAUCCACCAGGACGGGUACGUCGCUGAGGCAUCUAACAAGCCUCCGACCCCCACUGCCUCCAAACAUUGCAACUCCCAGGACUUCGUCAAGCCGUUCCCGGGGAAGAUUCGUUGGUCAGAGUUUUCGUUUACUUUCCCGCCAGAGGAGGUGCCGAGGAUGUUGAAAACGUUGAGAGCUGUCCCUGACAAGGAGCUGGCACGGAUGCAGGCAAGUGGCACAACGAUUAUGAAGGGGUGUUGCUGUUGUUGUAAGAUAGUUUGGGUUGAAAGAGAGGAGGCGACCGCUCUCGAGGUCUUCGACACGUACUUCGGGCUCGGGAUGGGCAACAUGCUGCACACCGUGCUAGACAUCUUGGAGGACCGGCUCUAUUUCCGAUCGUGAAGACGGGGGCGGCGGCAUUGACACGACUCGUGCCCUGACGACGACACGACGACCUGCCACCUCUCUUGCCGCUGAUGGUCCUCUUGCCUCCGCACUGUGCGAG